AUGGAAGACCCAGAUUUGUCAGUUUCCUUCACGCUGGGCGAUGUGACCAAUGGGAAUGAUACCACAGAAAUACCUGCGGGGUCCGAGGUCCUCCAGGAGCCCCCUGUACUCAGGUUCCUAGACGUGGUCAGCGAGUCGAAGGAUGCCAAAUGGGCCGAGAAGUCCGAGGGGCCCUGGGAGCCUGAGACGCCCGGGGCGUUUGAGGAGUCCCGGGAAUAUGAGGAAUCUGAGGAAGAACAAGGCGAAGGUGACGAAUCUGAAGCAUUGGAGGAGCCCAGUGAGUCCGACCAGGUCCUCAAGCCCCCGGAGCCUCAGGAGGCCCAAGAGCUAGGUGAAGCCGAGUUGCUUCCCCUCGCAGUGACUGUCUCCCCCUCCCUGGUGGUCACGUCUCAGUCACCGGCUUUGCCAUCUUACACGUGUGUUUUACUUUUUCUUUUUGCAGAUCCUGUUUCUGGUAAAUUUGUAAGGAAAUGUUCUUUUUCUAGGAAAAGAAUCCACGACCUCGCUAGGCCUAAAAAAGAAUGGGGAACUCCAGAUCGAAAACCGCUUUGGGGAAAUCAAGAUCCUAUUCGUCCUAUUUCCCAGAGUGCUUUGAAGGCUCUGCUGACCAAAAGACUUGAGUACCUUGCCAAUCCCAAGAAAGUUUCCCGCCAAUAUGUACCUAACAGACACUUAAGUGAUAGCGUAAGAGGUUCAUCUUUUCAAAUUCCUGAAGCUUCUUCCCGGAUAUUACGACUCUCUAUAGCUAAAGGCACAGAUCCAGGCUAUCAUCCUCCAAAAAAAGUUGCAACAGAGAUUCCAAUUUCUGCACUGAGUGCCAUCGCAACUCCAAGAAUUGUAGACCUUGCUCACCCCAGGCUCAAGAUAGAGGGUCUGUGUUAUGAUCUAGAAAACAGCGACAUGCCCAUUCGUCCUAUAACCACUGCUGCCAAACAAGCUAUAUCAAGCGCUCGAGUAACAACUCUGGCUAAGAGCAAGUCGGUUCAUCAAGAUUAUUUACCAGCUCGUGAGGCCUGUUGGCCAGUAUCUUAUGCUGCUACCCAUUCCAAAGUGUCUUCCAGAAUUCAAGAGCUAGCUAACCCAAGUAAAAGGGCUUCAGGACCAAUUGUGUAUUAUGAUCCAGAUGUCUUCAAAGUGAAACCAGCAGCUCUGAAGGCACAAUGUUCUGCAAGGAUCCGGGAGUUGGCAGAACCUAAGCAUUAA